AUGUCCAAUAGCAUAUAUUUUAAAUUUAAGUCUCAGAAGGAGCCAGGACGUAUUUCUUUUGACGGAGCAACUGGGCUUUCAGUAUUUGAUGUAAAACGUGAAAUUAUCCUACAGAAUAAACUUGGUUCAGGAACAGAAUUUGAUUUAGCUAUAUACAAUUCAAAUGACGAGGAAUAUGAUGAUGAUACUACUAUUAUUCCCCGCUCCACCUCUAUUACUGUACGCCGAUUGCCGCCCUCUAAGCCUGGAAAAGGUACUGCUGCUCGUUAUGUUUCUGGAAAUCCAUCUGUGUCGUAUAAUCGAGCAGAAAAUUAUUGUAAAAAGCCAGUAGAAUUAAAAACAAAACCGGCAUCAUCUAUGUUUAAUAUAAAUACUGUUGCUUGGAAAAAGAGUGACCCAGAAGAAGCAGCAAUACAAGCUAUGUUUGCUGCUAGUGAUGAGCAGUGGCAAGAAACACAAGAUAGAUUAGCAGCUGCUACUCCAAUAUUCCGUCCCAAUAAUAGAAAGUCAGUACCAGUAAAUGUUCCAGAUAAGCCUCCUCCUGUUGGAUAUGUUUGUUAUAGAUGUGGAGAAAAAGGUCAUUGGAUUCAAUUAUGUCCUACGUUGUCUGAUCCUAGUUUUGAUGGUAAAUUAAGAGUAAAACGUACAACAGGUAUUCCAAAAUCUUUUUUGAAGACAGUCGAAAAAACUUUUGAUGGUAACUAUGGAAGUUUUAUGGUCAAUGCAAAUGGUGAACAUGUUGUUGCUGAACCCGAUAAUGCAUCAUGGGAAAGCUAUAAAUCUAAAACCAAGAUUUUGACAACAUCAAGUAUUUAUUCAUUUAAACCAGAUGAUUCGACUUUAGAAUGUAAUUUAUGUCAUAAAUUAAUGAAAAAUCCAAGCAAAAUCCCUUGUUGUCCAGAAGAAUAUUGUGAAGAAUGUAUUCAAACUGCCUUAUUAGAAAGUGAUUUUAUUUGUCCUAAAUGUGGAACAAAAGAUACUCUUUUAGAUACUAUCCAAAUAAAUAAUGAUAGAAAAAAAGAGAUUAAGGAAUACAUUAAUAACAAAAUGGGAAAUGAAAAUAUUUCUGUAAAUAAAUCAUUUUCAGUCAUUAGUAAUACUGAAUCUGCCCAAGAAUCAGAAUUACCUAUAGAAUCUAAGAAAAGACCUCUUUCUGACAAUAAUAUAAUUCCCCAAACACUUCCGGAACAAAAUGAUCAAGUAAAGGACAAAGAACAACUUAAUUCUCAAUUUUUACAACAUAAUAUUUCACCACAAAUAAAUGGGAAUUUUAUGCAAUUUUUUUCCGAUCCUUAUAUGUUAAAUCCUUAUAUGGUAAUGCCUAUGGACUCAAUGAUGACACAAAACGUAUAUGGAUUACCUCUUUAUAAUAAUUAUAAACAUUAUCCUUUAGAUAUAUCAAAAUAUGGGUAUUUUCCAAAUCAACAAAAAGUAUUUAGCAAAGAAGAUAGUCCUUAUACACGGAUACCACUUAAUGACCGCAAUACCCAUCGUCAUAAAAGAAUGAGACAUGCUGAUUUUAGAGAAUUAGCCUAA